UGUGAACUGGAAGUUCUUUCAUUUUAGCUGAAGAACAAGUCUGCUUGUUUUUCCACUAUAUCGGUCUGAGGACCAAAAACAAUCAACAAACUUUUAUGUCCGGCCUAAAAUAAGCCCCCACAAACAGACUGGACACAUAUAUCGAGCAUUUAUCGUGUAGUUUAUCAAAACGGUGAAACGGAACAUUGUUCUGAAGCUCUGCUAUGAACACUGGGAUGCUAACUUCGCCUUCGCUACCUAACGAACUGUGAGAUUGUCGGGCUCGUCAACAGUAUCCACAAACCAGGAGCUCGUCAACUGGAGCAUUCAAAGACAGCAGGGGCUGUUGGGAUUCCAACAUCCCUUAUCAUCGUUGGGCCCUGAGAUGACAUCACAGCAGCAACAGGUUCCCAGUGCUGCCAUUCCUCCCCAGCUUGCUCACAACUCCUCUGCUCAGCAGGCCCGGCAUCACAUUCAGGGCAAUCCGCUGGACUCAAGUCAGAGCAGUGCCACUGCCAGGCCUCUGGAUCACAGAGCCCUGUGCGGCAGGGCGGGCUGCUCUGGUGUUGCAGCAGCCAGCGGGGAGGGAGCCAGCAGAAACGUUUCGGCCUCCUGCACCAAGUCCAGCUUCUCCAGAAGAGAUGGAAGCUUGGAGCCAUGGCCUGAGGAAGCUGUGGACAACUCCCAUGGGCUCUACUCACUCCACCGCAUGUUUGACAUAGUUGGAGCACAGCUUACCCAUCGUGAUGUCAGGGUACUGUCAUUCCUUUUUGUUGACGUGAUUGAUGAGUAUGAGCGAGGUGGCAUCAGGAGUGGAAAGGAUUUCCUGCUGGCCCUUGAGCGCCAGGGUCGCUGUGAUGAAACCAACUUUCGACAUGUUCUACAGCUUCUAAGGAUCAUCACACGCCAUGACCUAUUGCCGUACGUCACACUCCGGAAACGGCAGUCUGUGUGCCCGGACCCUGUGGACAAGUACCUGGAAGAGACAUCAGUGCGCUACAUUUCACCCAGAGGAGUGGUGCAGGGCAAGGACACUGCGCCUCACAGAAGAACAGGUCCACAACCAGUCAUUUGCUGUUCCCCGUCAGGACCCCACGUUGGCCCCCCCCAAACAAAGCCAGCUCCUCCUGCACCAAACCGCAAACGGAAGAGAAGUCAUUCUUCAGCUGACUGCAGAGAGAAGCAAACAUGUGAUAUCCGCCUCCGGGUUCGUGCUGAAUAUUGCCAGCAUGAGUCUGCACUUCAGGGCAACGUCUUCUCCAACAAGCAAGAGGCAGUGGAGCGCCAAUUUGAGCGUUUCAACCAGGCAAACACUAUCCUCAAAUCCCGAGACUUGGGUUCCAUCAUCUGUGACAUCAAGUUCUCUGAGCUCACCUAUUUGGAUGCCUUCUGGAGGGACUACAUCAACGGCUCAUUGCUUGAGGCCCUUAAAGGGGUCUUCAUCACAGAUUCCUUAAAACAGGCUGUUGGCCACGAAGCUAUAAAACUAUUGGUCAAUGUUGAUGAAGAAGACUACCAGGCUGGUCGGCGCAAACUACUUCGUAAUUUGGUGACAAGUGGAGUUAGCCCAGGUGGAGCUAGCAAAGAUUCUGUACCUUAGGCACACUCUCUAUUGGUGGAAUUGUGCAGCAGAACGCUGCUGUGGACCCCCCACAGGGAACUGCGUGAGAUGUGUUUGUGUCGUUUGAGGUGCCUGAAAAUAAACUAAAGGACUUCUUGCUUCCCAUUCAAUUCCUUGAGAGCUUAGGUCAUAGGAUAUCAACUUGGCCCUCCUGAGCGUAGCAUGCGAGGUGAUUUAGAACUUUGUUAGCAGAAGUAGGUGCAUACAGGUGGAUAUUAUUUUGAAUGUUAAGCUUUUCAUUUUAUUUGAGGAGAAUACUCAUACAUGUGUGCAUUGAAUUUAACUAAUUUUGUUUCUUGAACCUUAGCUCAUUGAAGUGCAUUUGUUACCUGAUUACACUCUUGACAACCUGUUUAAAAAUCUCGUGUUUAUGAUGUAAAUUACUCUCAGUGGGAGUUGUACCUUAGGGUCAAACUGGUCGAUCUGCUGUCCAGCCAUUUCCGGUACAUAACAGAUUGGUUGGAUUAACCCCAAGGGAAGAGUGUUCUGUUUGUUAUAGAAAGGCACAGACGUAUGACUUACAUUUAGUCAGGCACAGACAUAUGACUUACAUUUAGAUUUUCAUUUACUUUCCUUAAGACUUAACACAGUUCCCUUGUGUGAAAAGAUAAACCCUUAAGAGCCUUGGCUCCCAGUUGGUCUCACUGUCUACAUCCUUGUGUCUUUCAGAUUAUUUCAUUAACAACGUGACUUGUUACCAGCGGCUGUGAUUCUGACCUAAUGUGACAUUUUAAUUGUUUAGUCAACACCGAUAUUUAAACUUUGUAGAACAUUUAAAUGUUCUGAAUCAUAUUCAAUGAAAAAUGUAGUCAUUCACUGUGUUUGACAUCUUUUGGGAUUUGCAAGUUUCAUUGUCAGCCCAAACCACACCUACCUGCCGUCUCCACAUGUUUACUCAUAUAACAGUGAACUUUAAAAUAUUUAAACCAACUGUCAAUCACAUGCUGAAAAAGCAGUACAAGCAGGUGCUUUUACUUCCUCGCCCAAUUGCUGGGCUUGAUGGAGGAAGAAGAUGUUUCUGCGUAUCCUCCUCCAUCCACAAUGCUUCCCGAAGCAAACUGGAUACUUAAGGCUUUGAAACGGGAAUAGAGCGUACGCUUCUACAAUUUUGAGUGCAGGUGCUGAUCAUGCGCUUGCAGUGGAACAAAACUACUUUAACAUAAUUUUCUGAAAUGCAGCAAGGCAAGCAACGUUUGAAUAUUAUUGAAUUUCAUUUUGGUAUCCAUGGUUUAAGACAUCAGGUAUAAUGGGUGCCUGUGACAGACAACUAAAAUAUUAUAGAGUGGUAAAAUACACUGAGUGGCCACUUUAUUGGAGAACACCCUUUAGGUCCGCUGACAAAUUCAUCCUAUACAUUGAGAUACUGGUGAGUCACUAGCUUUAUCAGCAUUGCUGAGUCAGCAAGCUGUGGAAGUUGAGCCCAGCUUUAAAGCUUCCUGUCAUAGUUCCAGCCCAGAGUGCUGCUGUGGGCCUUAACAUCAUCCACACAUCUAGUAGAGUCCUGUUUUAUCAACAGUUUGUUCACUGUUUAUUUGGCCUCACAGUGGUAUGAAAAUGUUAGGUUCAUCUUUCUGUUAUACUUUGUGGAUUACAAAAAGAUUGGUAUUCUAGGCUUUUUGUUUCAUUGCAGGUGCACAGCCUCCCUUAUUGCAGCAGUAGGUUGAAGUUCCUGUUCUUUGUUGAAGUUCAACUUUCCAGUGUCCAAAAACAUAAUCGCCAGAGUGUCAGUGAACUAAUAACAAUGUCUAUGACUCUGAUGGGAUGGAUUUACCAUUCUCCUGCAUCAUAGUCAGACACAUAGCUGCCUGUGCAUCAGCCGACCUCCACACUGACUGGAGGAGCAGCAUAGAGGACACAGUGAUGUACAGUAUGUCAAUCUUGAGUCAUGCAAUUUAAGAUUCUCCAAAUUGGAAAUGUAAUGUCAUUGCUGUCGAACCAGGACAGGUUAUUACUUAAUGCAAAAAGUAACUUGUUUGGACGUGAUUAAUAUUAAUCAUAAGAUAUAUAAGACUGCGCAUAAUGUUGAUUUGGGAAUAGAUAAUUUAGAAUUUAUAACAGAAUUUGAUUACAGGCUUAAAUGUCAUUUAAGUCACAAUUGUCAAUUGCAAGGCCAGUCUCAAAUGCUUAUAUUUGACAUUUUCUAUUCAUCCUUCUUUUACUCAGUGCACAUAGCCAAAUAGUCGUCGUCAUGCCAAAUAUAUUCUUCCUGCUAAACAUGCUCUUUCUUAUCUCUGCUAUCAUACAAUCCGUGGGUUCAUAUUAAAACACAAGUCAUGUUUGACUGCCCUCUAUUACAUAGUCGGUCUACAUUUAUUUAUUUUUUAUGUCGAGGUUGCAAGUUAGUAUCUAUUAUAUAGGUUGGUGUGUGUUCUGUUGAAUAAAUGUUAUGUUAGUUAAAUACA